CUGAUAGAAAAACUUCUCUAUCAGAUCAGUUUAACAAAUGGCUCUGUUCGUUCAAAACAUACUCAUUGCGGCGUUUCGCUUAGCUCUAAUCUACAUUGUGAUAGCAUGUAGAAGUACUAUUGCACGGAAUGAAUCGAUUUUAGAGCACCCGAAUAAUAAAUCCGUAUCAUCACGAUUCGUGUCGAUAAGAAAAGCAUCGAACCAUGCCCAUCUCUGCUGGGCGGUUAAAGUGGCACCAACAGCAUUUGCCACCAGCUGGGAUUGCCUCGAGGGGUACAGCAAAACUCAGCUUACGAUGGUAUACGGUGAUAUAGAACCGUCCAAGAACGAUCGCCAACUUUUAGAGAAGAAAAUAACGACACUUGCUAGAAAAUGUCGACAUAAUAUAGAGAACGUUGCUCUUUUGGUGCAUAAUAAGCAGUCUCUGUUAUUUGAAACAGUGUUAAACUACGUUGCCUCUUACGGAUUGCUUGACUACGAAAGAAAGUGCAAAGAGUGUAAAAUAUUGAAAGUUCAACGAAGAUUUCGUUGUCCGGUUAAAAAUGUGGCUAUUGUAUAUAACAAUUGUAUUGAACAUGUGCAAUUUUUAUGACUAAUUUUUAUAGUUAAACUAUGGUUAUCUAUUGGAGUAACACACAAAACUUUGGGAACUAGGCUUUUGGUUGUAUUAAGUACAUCUUUCAUAAGACACAUGCGAUUUUCACGUUCAAUUUCAUAGGUACCGGUUUGUUUCAAAUUCCGAACAUUACAUGACAUAUUUCGAGCACUUGACUUUGAAAAAAGAUUUUUACAUUAAAUCUUCAAAAUUUCUGCACAGGAUGACCAUUUCUUGUACAGUUAAAGUAAUCCAUAUUAAAAAAAUAUUGAAAAUACUAGUUUUAGUCUUGAAAAUUGUUUGGAGUUUGAGACAAAUCCGUGCUUUAUUGUUGUUUUUAUCAAUAAAGGCUAAUGUUAUA